AUCGCGGCGCGCCGGCUGGGCGGGCCGGGAUGGGCGGGAUGGAGGCGCCGGCGGCGGGUCCGGGUGGAGCGGAGCGGUACUUUACGCGCUGGUACAAACCAGACGUGAAGGGGCGGCCGUGCGAGGACUUCUGCGUGCUGCAGCACUCCAACAGAAUCUGUGUCAUCACCUUGGCAGAAGCCCAUCCUCUUCUUCAAAGUGGGAAAACAAUUAAAAGCAUUAAUUACCAAAUCAGUGCCAACUGUAGCAGACUUCAGAAUAAGGUCUCUGGGAAGUCAAAAAGGGGAGCUCAGUUUUUAACAGAACUUGCCCCUCUGUGCAGGAUAUCUUCAUCAGAUGGAGAGGAAUACACCAUUUACAGUUGUAUACGAGGGCGGCUGAUAGAAGUGAAUGAAAACAUUCUUAGUAACCCCACUCUUCUGCAAGAAAAGCCAUCAACUGAGGGUUACAUUGCAGUGGUUCUACCCAAAUUUGAAGAAAGCAAGAGCAUAACUCAAGGACUUCUGACGCAGAAGGAGUACGAGGAAGUUUUGUUGAAACGCCGUAAUUCUUCUUCAUGAAAUCAAUUCUACACUUAUCAUCUGUACUUGAUACUAAACAAGCUAUUUUAUUGUACACUGUGAGUUUUGUAGUAUUGAAAGGCCUAGUGCCAGUUUUUAAAAGUGGAACUAAACUGCUUGAUUCAUACAAGAAUAAACCAGUUCAAAUAGUUUGUAUAUUAAAA